AUGGGGUCACGACCGUGGGAUGCCGAUUACGUCAGCGGCGGCCCCCCACCGCCGCUGCGCGCGCCGCGGCUCCGCGCGACCCCCGUCCCUCCUUCCUCCGCGCCUCCAACAGGCCCGCCUCCCCCUCCGCCCUCACGUUCCCCCCCGAAAGACUCGCGCGACCGCGUGCGCUCCGUCGAAGAGCUUCCGCCGUGCUUCCAGCCCAUCUUCCCGUCUUUCAAGUACUUCAACGGCAUCCAGGCGGAGAUGCUCGACUUCAUCCUCUCCUCGGCGCGCUCGUUCGUGGUCAGUGCACCGACGGGCUCGGGGAAGACGGUGCUGCUCGAGCUCGCUAUCGUCCAGAUGCUUAUGAAGCACGUCGACCGCGCGACCGGCGCCUUCAACCACAAACCCGGCGAACUCAAGGCGAUAUACAUGGCCCCGCUCAAGGCACUGGUGCAGGAGAAGAAGGAGGAGUGGAUCGCUGCCUUCGGUGCGAUUGGCGUCGUGUGCAAGGAGCUGACGGGCGACACCGAUAUCGUCUCCUGGAGCGAGCUGAACAACGUGGACAUACUCCUGACUACACCGGAGAAGUUUGACAGCAUCACGCGCAAGAACAAGGACAGGGGCGGCAUGUCCUUCUUCGGCGACUGCGCGCUCGUCAUGAUCGAUGAGGUGCACCUGCUGGGAGACGAACGCGGCGGAUCCCUCGAGGCGGUCGUGUCCCGGCUGAAGGUCCUGAGCGAAAAACCGAGCCUGAGGGGCGCGCCGCUGUCAUCGGUCCGGUUCGUGGCUUGUUCCGCGACGGUGCCCAAUCUCGACGACGUCGGCCGCUGGCUCGGUGCCCCGUCCCCCGACGGUGUCCGUCACUUCGGCGAGGAGUAUCGACCUGUCCGCCUCGAGACCAAGGUUCUCGGGUACGACCCCGCGAAGAACGAUUGGAUGUUUGAGAGGCGACUCAACGAGCGGCUCUACGAAGUCGUGCUCAACCACUUCCAGAGCAAACCCGCGCUCGUGUUCUGCUCCAGCAGGGACGGCGCGUCCUCCGCGGCGAAGGAACUGGCAGAAAAAGCCAGGAACGCGAGCCGCAACCCUUUCGUGCGAGAUGAAAGGCAGCGCGAGUCCCUCCGCGAAGCCGCGGGCCGAGCCGAGAACCGUCAGCUCAAAGUGGUGAUUCCGCAAGGCGUGGCGUUCCACUCCGCGUCGCUCGAUUGGUCCGACCGGGAGCUGUGCGAGCGGCUGUUCAGGGAUAGGCUCGUCACCGUGAUGUGCUCGACGUCGACGCUGUCGAUGGGUGUGAACCUUCCCGCGUUCCUGUGCGUGGUGCGGGGCACGAGGCAGUACGCGGGUCAGGGCGAAUACCGCGAGAUUGAGAGGAGCGCUCUGCUGCAGAUGUGCGGUCGCGCGGGUAGACCGCAGUUCGACACCUCCGGCGUGGCGGUGAUCAUGACCCAGAAGCACACCCGCGUGAUUUACGAUGGCCUGGUGCACGGUACGCAGCCCAUCGAAUCCAACCUGGGUCUCGCCAUGGCUGAGCACGUCAACGCCGAAAUCGCAUCCGGGAUAAUCGCCGACAGCGAGACCGCGAUGGACUGGCUCAAGCACAGCUUCUUCUACAUCAGGGUCACGCGGAACCCGCGGCACUACGGCAUCGCUCCGGGAAAGAAUCCAGACGUUGCGUGCGGCGAGAUCGUCGCGGAGAACCUCCGGAAAAUAUCCGCGGCUCACAUGUGCGAGAUCGGUGAGGAUGCGGCGGCGCCUCGGGGUAACUUUGUUCGGCCCCUCGAGGGGGGCCGCGUGAUGUCUGACAUGUACAUUCGAUUCGAGACGAUGAAGAGGAUAAUGUCUGUGCAGUCCCCCGCGAGUGUGCCGGAUCUGCUCAUGACCCUGUGUGAGUCCGACGAGCUCUCGUCCAUCAAGCUGAGAAGGGACGAGAAGGUGCUGCUCAAGGGCUGGAACCUCUCCAAGGACGAGCCCGCCAUCGUGCGCUUUAAAGUAACAGAAAUCCGGGGCAAGACCGGCAAGGUAGCGGUGGCGAAGACGAUCAAAACAGCCGCGCAGAAGAUAUACAUCAUUGCGCAGGAGACGAUGAGCGACCAGUUCGCGACCGUGUUGCCCCCGAGCAUGCGAAUGGAGGUGGAGAACGUCUUCCAGAACGGGCGCCGCAUCAUGCAGGGCGCGGCGAGAUACUAUGCAAAUGUUUCGAAGAAGGGAAGCUUCGCCGCAUACUGCAACGCGCUGCGACUUGCAAAGGCGCUGGACAUGCGAAUGUGGGACGACACCCAGUUUCCGAUGCGGCAGAUUCCCAAGUGUGGCAAAAAGUCUGUGCAGGCGCUCGCGAAUGCCGGACUCAGAUCGUUGGACGAGGUUCUGGCGCAGGAUCCCCGAGCUCUCGAGCGGAUCGUCAACAAGGCUUUCCCGCACGGGAACCACCUCCACGACGCCAUCCGCUCGCUGCCUUGCGCCAUGAUCCUCCGCAUCGAGCGCGCGAGCGAGAUCCGGGGCGGCGGAAUUACCGCGACCGUCACCUUUGAGCCCGAGGCUGGCGCCGGCGGCGGGGGCGGCGAAGGCACCGACGCGAGCGUCACGGAGUCCAGCCGCAGGUGGACCGCGCGCCUCAUCAUCGGUACCACAUGGAACGACGAGUUGUUGCACAACGAACGCAUCUGCCAGCGGGGACCAGCGCCGGACAACGUCGAAGCCGGCGUCCCCGUGACGCGAUCUGUGAGCCUUUCCUCGGCGCCACCCGGGGGCCAGGAGGUGACCAUCGUGGCGACCCUCAUGUUCGACAAGUGCGUGGGCAGGGACACGGACGCCGUGCUCAGAGUCCGCGCGACGAUCACCGGCGGCGGAGGAGGAGGAGACGCGCAGUUCGAGAGGCGCAUGGGAGCCGUGGAAGGAAACGUCGCUAACGUGGUGUCACCAAAAGGGAGGAAUCGCGUCGCGGCUGGCAAGGAGAACAACCUCUCGCCCGCGUUCUGCCGGCUCAUGGCUGCUCCCCCCGUCGCUCCCAAGCCCGCGCCCAGGGCCAUCUGGACGGAACCCAUGAUACCGGAGACCGCAACGCUGGGUUCGAGGCCCGUCGCGGUUUCUGGUCCGUCGAAGGAGCCGUUCGACGCGUUCGAAGACGUCCCCGAGUGGAUCCCGGCCGCCGCUGGGAAACGCCGGGCGCCGGAUGACAACGACGGGGGAUGGGGCGGUUGCGACGACGCGGACGAGGAUCUGAGCUGGGGAGGGGCGGACGCACACCAUGGACCGCCCCCGAUGUGCCAACCGCCGACCUUGAUCGUGAUCGAAGAUGACGACGAUGAAGAUGGGCGGGGGAGGCGCGAGCCCAGGCCGGAUCCGCCCAAGCGGGUCAGAGCCGCCGCGGUUUUCGCCGAGCCGAGCACGCCCGUCCCUGACGACGCCGGCUUCACGGAUCCCACGAGCGGACUGACCCUGGACCUCCUCUGCGACGACUGGUGA